AUGCUACUACUGCUGUCCAUCAGCCUUGAUGGAACUUCCCCUUCCUCCUCGGUGGCUGCAUCAGUUUACCGACAACGGCAGCAGCAGCAGCAGCCCAAGAAGAUCUACACCACGAAUAAGCUGCAGACGGAGAUGGGCCGCAACAUCACGCGCAUCCUCAACUCCUUCUUCUCCUCCGGCUACGAUAAGCGGGUUCGGCCGAGCUAUGCGGACAAGCCCGUGGUGAUCGGCGUCACCCUGCACAUCAUCUCCAUCAGCUCCGUCUCCGAGGUGCAGAUGGACUUCACCUGUGACUUCUACUUUCGCCAGGGCUGGCGUGACCCACGGCUCUCCUUCCACCCCAGCCCCGGCCUGAAGGCGCUCUUUGUGGGCGCCGACGUGGCGAAGCAGAUCUGGGUGCCGGACACCUUUUUUGCAAAUGAAAAGUCCGCCCAGUUCCACACCGCCACCACGCCCAACACCUUCAUUCGCAUCAAGGCCAAUGGGGAGGUCUUCCGCUCUACCCGGCUCACCGUCACCAGCAGCUGUCCGAUGAAUUUGCAGUACUUUCCCAUGGACCGGCAGUACUGCACUAUCGAGGUGGAGAGCUAUGGCUACUCCAUGGCGGACAUCGUCUACCGGUGGGGCAUUGAGAAGGAGGAUGAGAAGGCGGCCAGCAUGGGCGACGUCUCACUGCCGCAGUUCAGAGUGAAAGACCUGACGCAGGAUGCCAAGGUGGAGUAUCUCACCACAGGCAAUUACUCGCGCCUGGUCUGCAAGCUCGAGUUUGUCCGCUCCAUGGGCUACUACCUCAUUCAGAUCUACAUUCCUGCCAGUCUCAUCGUCAUCAUCAGCUGGGUCUCCUUCUGGCUCCAUCGGAACGCCUCCCCCGCCAGAGUGCAGCUGGGCGUGACGACGGUGCUGACGAUGACCACGCUGAUGUCUUCGACGAAUGCCGCCUUGCCGAAGAUCUCUUACAUCAAGUCGAUUGACGUCUUCCUCGGCACCUGCUUCGUCAUGGUCUUUGCCGCACUUCUUGAAUAUGCCACUGUCGGCUACAUGGGCAAGCGAAUUGCCAUGAGAACCUCGAAGAGCUCAUCAGCCGCUCCCUCUGCAUCUUCUUCUUCUGGUGCUGUUGUUGGUCAGCGGUCAAAGUUGUUGACACUGCAACAGCAGCAGCAGUUGCAUCAUCGAGCGGCUUACUGGAUUAUCUACAUGCAUAUCAGCGAGUUUCUCAGCGUCGAGUUGGAGCGCUAA